CAAAGUUGUCUUCCUCCGAAACCAAAACUUUCAAUGUCCGCCGCCAGGUCCUUCCUCCGUUCCGGUGCCGGCCGAGCAGCCGCUGCAGCAUUUCGAUCGCCAAAACCUAUGCCGUCUGCUGCACGGUUUUCGUUUAAGAUGCCUAAACAGAGCCCACUCUCUCACAGCGUUUUCAGAUCUCCGGUAGCAUUGAGCUGCUGCGUGGAGACGAUGCUUCCGUACCACACGGCCACUGCUUCUGCCUUGCUCAAUUCCAUGCUCUCUGUUUCUCCACGUUGCUCUGUUUGGACACUCGGAGGAGGUAUCAUCGAUGAUGCAUGAUGAUUUUCAAAUGGAAAGUGUGGGAAUGGCUGCAGUUGAAGGCAAGAUGUUGAAGUGAAGGUUUUUCUAUGUAAAGAAUCUGAAGUUGACAGUAAAUCGAGUCAUGUUUCUUCUUAUGUCAUAAAAUCUGCCUUUUUAACUUAUAUAAGAGUGUCCAGUACAUUUUUCAAGGACCAACUAGUUCAAUUCCAGAUAUAUAAAACCAAAGCCACAGAUGACCACUUAGUCCC